UCCACGAGGGGCGGGGCCAAACUAGAGGAAGCCGAUGACUGACCUGCUCCCAAGGAAACCACCGGAAUGGAGACAGAGAUCCAUGUGCCUCUCGGUUCGCCCGUCAUCAGAAGAUUCCCCAUCUUCGUGGACGAGCACCAGGUGACAGAUGGAGCGAUCCGGCUGAUCAAGGAGCUGCGGCCGGCGUGGGACCCCGACCGCCUCCAGACCAAGCUCUUCACCGAUGGCACCACCAACAAACUCGUCGGCUGCUAUGUGGAGGACAGCCCAGACGACGUGGUCUUGGUCCGUGUCUAUGGCAACAAGACAGAGCUGUUCGUAGACCGAGACAAUGAACUUAAAAGCUUCCAGGUGCUGCACGCAAACGGUUGCGCUCCUCGUCUCUACUGCUCUUUUCAGAACGGCAUCUGCUACGAGUUCAUGCCAGGGGAUGCUCUGGGCACCCAGGACGUACGCGACCCAGCGCUGCUCAGGAUGAUCUCCAGGGAGAUGGCCCGCAUCCACGCCAUCCACGCCCACAAUGGCUGCAUCCCCAAGCCCAACCUCUGGAUCAAGAUGCGUAAAUACUUCUCCCUGGUGGCCACCGAGUUCACUGACCAGGCCUCAAACCUCAGGAUCCAGAGGGAGGUGCCCAGCAAGGCGUUGCUGGAGCAGGAGAUGCUGUGGAUGAAGGAACACCUUUCUGCUCUGGGCUCGCCUGUGGUGCUCUGCCACAACGACCUGCUCUGCAAAAACAUCAUACACAACAACAAAGAGGGUCACGUGCGCUUCAUAGACUACGAGUACUCCAGCUACAACUACCAGGCCUUUGACAUCGGCAACCACUUCAAUGAGUUUGCAGGUAUGAGCGAGCUGGACUACGGCCUGUACCCGAGCCGGGAGAUGCAGCUGGAGUGGCUGCAGGUCUACCUGAAGGCCUACAAGCUGUACACCAAGAACACGGAGCAGCUCGGCCCCCGCGAACUGGAAACCCUCUACGUACAGGUCAACAAGUUCGCCCUGGCUUCUCACUUCUUCUGGGGAUUUUGGGCACUCAUCCAAGCCAAGUACUCUUCCAUCGACUUUGACUUCCUGGGGUACGCCGUGCUGCGGUUCAACCAGUACUUUAAGACCAAGCCCACGGUGAUGGCGCUGAAGAUCCCAGAGUAAAGAGCCCCACAGGAGGGGCUGGGGGGGGCAGGUGGAGGGGGGGGGUGGAUCUUCCUCAUGCAGGAAAGGGAUUGGACACCGAGCCACCCUCCCCCACCACAACGCAUACGCACACUCUUAACCCACCCCCCAUCCCACCCCUCCAGCCCCCUUCUUUAAUGCAGCAGAAGUAAUCGGUUAAUUAUCUUCCCGUAUUUAUUUCCCCACAUCUUCAGUCUAACCACGACGUGCUCGUCUAGAGCUGUGUUUUUUUUGCCUGCAUUUAAUUUUGAAUGUAUUUAUCUUUUUUUUUUCUUUUUUUAAUGGAUCUAGGAGUCCCUACCCCAACCCCCCCACACCCCCCACCCCCUGGGCAGCAGAGCUACUCGUGUGCCCAAGGUUCAGGGUGGCUGUACAGAUUGUAAUGUGGCUCCACAGGCGGGUGUAGCGCGUAAAGGGAAGGGUGUCGAGGCUCGCUCGCCCUCCUCUACGCUACGGCUCCGUUAAAGCACUCUGCUUUUAAAGCUAUGGCUCCAGAAGCAUUUCAGUAUUGUGUGUGUGUGUGUGUGUGUGUGUGUGUGUGGUGUGUGUGGGUGUGUGUGUGUGUGUGUGUGUGUGACAGUGUGUGUGACCCUUUCUAUACUUGUGUCUCCUCAUCGUUCUUAGCUUGUCGUGAUCCAUUAAAUGUAGAACCGGUAUCAUGGACACAUCACACAGCCCGUGGGUACUUAAUCUAACACUAACCUCAGUAACGGCAAUGUCCACAGCAGACGGUGUGGGAGCUGGUGAACACAGCAGGGCUUUGGUCGCGGCCCCGGCUGUGACUGGGGUCACUGACAGGGCCUUGCACCGCUGAAGGGUUCUUGUGCGCCCGAUGGCCUGAGUCUCUUUCCGCUUUCGUGGCUUUUAUGGUCACAGCGAACCGCUCCGGUGAACUUUCCAUUCUGAACAGUCGGAAAAAACAUGACCCUGCUCACCCCCAGGGCCGG